CCGGCGGUCGGCCCCACCCCCGGGGCGUCUCCAUUUUGGCUGUAGGUGUUGGACGGGCUAGAACCCGCAGAAGAGCGGUGCUGAAUUCCAGCCGUUCCGAGGGCCAAGCCGACUCACUACACUCUCCGCCUCCCUUCCUCCGCACGCAGGAGCCGCAGGCGCUCAUGGCGGGCCUGGAGGUACUGUUCGCAUCGGCAGCGCCGGCCAUCAGCAGCACGCAGGACGCGCUCGUCUGCUUCUUGCACUGGGAAGUGGUGACACACGGCUACUACAGCUUGGGUGCCGGUGACCAGGAAUAUGGCACACAGCAAGUGGCAGACUUGACCCUGAACUUAGAUGAUUAUAUCGAUGCAGAACACUUGGGUGACUUCCACAGGACCUACAAGAACAGUGAGGAGCUUCGGUCUCGUAUUGUUUCUGGAAUCAUCACACCUAUCCACGAGCAGUGGGAGAAGGCUAAUGUAAGCCAUCCCCACCGAGAGUUCCCCCCUGCUACCGCCAGUGAGGUAGACCCACUCCGGAUUCCUCCACACCACCCACACAGCAGCUGGCAGCCUCCCUGGUGUGAUCCCCUGGGCCCGUUUGCUGUCGGUGGAGAAGACCUAGACCCCUUUGGGUGUCGGAGAGGUGGCAUGAUUGUGGAUCCCCUGAGGUCUGGCUUCCCAAGAGCAAUUAUUGACCCAUCCUCAGGCCUCCCGAACCGGCUUCCUCCAGGCGCUGUGCCCCCAGGAGCUCGCUUUGACCCCUUUGGACCCAUAGGGACCAGCCCAUCUGGACCUAACCCAGACCAUCUCCCCCCGCCGGGCUACGAUGACAUGUUCCUGUGAAGGCCUCAAGAAUGUAACAUCCCAGCCUUCCCUCCACUCUCCUGGAGCUGCCACCACCGGCCCCAUCAGCAACCGUGUUCUUGCGGGCUGGGGGCAAGGGACUCUGCCCAUGUGUUUGCAGGCUGGCUGGGAUUGCUUCCCCACCCCUUAUCAGAGCCAAGGCACCUGCUGCAGCUCUCCACCUGGCUGCAUAUAGGUCCCAAAGAGAAAUCAGUGUGUCUCUUUCACCACCAGCUCCUCCCCACUUCCUAAGGGAUACUCCGGCAACAUAUACCCUUGACCUGAUGCAGUCCCAGUUGCAGCGCUAUGAGAACAGAAUGCAUUUUGGAUGUUAUUAUUAAGAACCAAAUGUCAAUACAAAGUUCAUGUUGCCGUUC